AUGACUCCUGCUGGACCUAUUUGUGCUUCAUGUAAACAAUUGGGUCACAGCAGGAGAUCAAAUUUUUCUUGCCCUUUGAACCUAAGACACAAAACUCUCUUGAUCCCCCAAAAGAGAACCAGUGAUAAUCUCUCUGCCCAAGAAGAAUAUCAAGCAGAGAGUAGUAGAGCUGGUGCUUCGAGACCAAGGGUUGAAGCUGUUCAGAAUCCUGUGAUACUCACUGUGGCAGAAAUCAAUGCUCUCUUCCGUACUGCCCAAUAUUCUGCAGAGACUGCUGCUUCGAGACCAAGAGUUGAAGUUGUCCAGAGUCGUGUGGUGCUCACCAUAGCAGAAAUCAUUGCUCUCUCCCGUGCUGCCGAAUAUCCUGCAGAGACUGCUGCUGCAAGACCAAGAGUUGAAGCUGUCCAGGAUUUUGUUGUGCCCAUACAACCAUUGUCAAUUGAUCUCUCCUUCACAGAACAAUAUACUGCAGAGAGCGACAGAGAUCUAACUGCUGCUUUUGAGGCUUUGCAAGUUUCUGAUGUUGAGAGAGUCUUGGAUUUGACUACCACCACUGCCACUGCCACUGCCACUGUUAUUCCCUGCUGUUCCAGCUGUAAUGGAAUUGGUCACCAACGGAACAAUGUCCUGUUUUCCAUGUGCUGUGACAAGGGACACGCUCUUAUUCCCGCCCUGUCUCCAACUCCUUCUGGAAUUGCUGAUCUUUUGGUGCACAGCACUCCAGAUGGCCAAACUUUCUUUGACAAGAUCAGACGGUAUAACAGCACCAUGAGUUUCACUUCUAUGGGAGCCAACAUCGAUCAGUCUGUUGCCAACAACAUUGAUUCAUGGGACCUUCUGCACAAGAUUGUAUCAGUCAUUCCAAUGACCCAGGCUCAGAUGGACCAACCCAAGUUUGCUCAGAUCUAUAUCUUUGAUCCAGCUUCUCAGAUCAAAUAUAGACAGCGCAAUGCCCCAGACUUGGACAGGGUGAUCUUGGAAAAGAUCCAGGCCAUUCUCAUGGAGGUCAAUCCAUUUGUUUCUCUCUUCCGCUCUAUGGAACAAAUUGCACGUGAGAAUAGUGGAACAGCCGAUCUGACCAUUUGCUUGAAGGCCAAUGGACCACAGGACCAGCAAUGUUACAAUGCUCCCACUGCUAAGGAAGUGGCAGUAUUGAUCAGAGACAACGAAACUGGCAGCUCAAGGGACAUUAUUCUCCACACCCACGCAAAUGGCCUCCAAAGGAUUAAUGAGUAUAAUCGCUUCUAUGAUGCUCUGCAGUAUGUCUUGCUCUUUCCUUUGGGUGAUUAUUGCUGGACCAUCGCGUCAUAUUCUGCAACUGGGGAAAAGGUGUCUGCCAUGGACUGGUACGCUAACCGUCUCAUGUACCAUUCCAACUCCAUGCACUUCCUCCACCAAUUUGGCUGGCUCUUUCAACAGUAUAUCAUUGAUAUAUAUGCCAAGGUUGAGCACAACUGCCUGGACUUUCUUACCCAAAACCAGAAGAAACUUCGUUCCAAGCUGUACUGUGGCAUUCAAGAUGCACUCCACCUCACUGACAAUAAUUUGGCAAAUCUUGGUCAGCAACUAGCAGUAUACCGUGUUGUCAAGGAAGCAGUUAAAGCAAGCCCUACAACCCCAAGAUUGUAUUUUGUUGAUGGAUCAGGUGGCACUGGAAAGACCUUUUUAUUCAAUGCCAUGCUCAGAAAAGUCCGUCAACAAGGCAAGAUUGCUCUCGCGGUAGCUACCAGUGGAAUUGCAGCUCUGCUUUUGGAUGUCCGCCUUGCCUUUGCCAUGCCUAUCAACAAGUCCCAAGGCCAGACCCUUGACAAAGUUGGUCUGUACCUUCCCGACCAUGUCUUUGGUCAUGGGCAGUUGUAUGUCGCUCUCUCCAGGGUCCAAACUCCAGACUCAGUAAAAAUCAUGGUUGAUAUGGACAGUAUUUCUACUGAAACAACUAGCAAUGUCUAUAUAAACAAUGUUGUUUAUAAUGAAGUGCUUUCUAGAAAUUAA